AUGAAUAAUACCUCUUGUCCUCGUGUCAACUUGGAUUUCACCGGCAGAUUCCUGCCUCCUGUUUUAAUCUUGGUCUUCAUCGUCGGCCUGGUUGCUAACGCAUGGGGGUUGAAGUCUUUGCGGCUGAACUGGAAGAAACUGGGUAGCGUCAACGUGUUUAUUCUCAACCUGGGACUUGCAGAUAUUUUAUAUCUGCUCACGCUGCCGUUUCUGGUGGUUUACUACUUCAAGGGGGAAGAGUGGAUCUUUGGAGCUACAUUCUGCAAGAUAACGAGAUUCUGCUUCAACCUGAACCUCUACGGCAGCAUCGGAUUCCUUACCUGCAUCACUGUGUACAGGUACCUGGCUAUUGUUCACCCGAUGAAAGUGUUGGGAAGAAUCACUGUCACUCAUUCUGUGAACAUCUCAGUCCUUGUGUGGCUGCUGGUGGCUGCCCAGAGUCUUCCAGACGUGUUCUACGUCAAGACGUCUAGAAACCAACCUGAGAGCUGCUACGAGACCACACACAGCGCAUCUGUGGAGGAUUACCUGAACUACAGCCUGGGGAGGACCCUGACUGGGUUUUGUAUCCCACUCCUCAUCACACUGGGCUGCUACGGACAUAUGAUUAUUACACUUUGCUCCAAAAACAAAUCAAACAAGGAUCUGAAGCAAAGGAGCCAGAGGUUGAUGUUCAUUUUGAUCCUUCUCUUCUCUGUUUGUUACAGCCCCUAUCACCUGUUCAAGAACCUUAAUCUCUGGUCAAGAGUUCUUAGCAAUUACGGGAACUGUCACAGGUGGUCCAACGGAGUUUACAUAGGCCAUCAGAUAAGUCGUGGGCUGGUGUGUCUGAACAGCGCCAUCAACCCUCUGGUUUUACUCAAUGCAAGUAAAGACUCCGGCUCAGUUUUGACUUCUGCUCGUCGAGCCAUCAUGCGCCCGUUCACCACCAAGGUUUCUCAGGGUGUGAAUGAAGAUCAACAAUUGCAUCAUCUGGAGCUGGGUCGGAGGCGGUUGUGA